AUGUUAGCGUCAACGUCUCUUACACCAUCCCCUGUUCCCACGUCGCCCGCCUCAACGACAUCACGUACUUCUACGCCCUUCUCCGCCCCAGCUCAAUAUGACGAAGCUCCAGAUGAGUUCGUUCAGGACGGUAUCACGUAUGUGAAACGGUCAAUGAUCGCAAAUAAAGGAUCUCGUCUAUGUUCAUCACAUAUCUGGAAGUAUGGCCUUCAAUACAUUCGAAGUAGUGAUAAGAAAGCGGUGUACUUCUGCCACGAGUGUACGGUUGGAAAGUACAAGCAAGAAUUAUUUGUUAUCAACGGUACUUCUAAGGCUAGAACUCAUCUUGAGCAGAAGCAUCAGAUUGAUACCAAGACUGGUAUCAGGCGAAGUAGUUCCGUACAGAAGUCGGUACUGGAUCAACAGAAAGAUGCAGCAGCUUCCAAUACCUUCUUCUGGAAGGACUCAAUUGAGAGAUUCCAAGAGCUUCUAGUCCGUUGGAUUGUGUACUGUCACAUUGCCUUCUUUCAAUUGGAGAACCAGUAUUUUCGUGAAUUACUCUUCUUUUUAAAUCCAGCACUAAUGAACCACCUACCGAAGGCCGCCAGAACUAUUCGAAGCUGGGUAAUGAAUGCUUUCAUAUCGAAGAAGCAACAGCUAAGAGAGGGUCUCCACCAUUCGCGGAGUAGAAUCUCAAUAUCCUUUGAUCUCUGGACUUCGCCAAAUCCUUACGCUAUCCUAGGCGUCGUCGCCAUGUGGAUCGAUGCUACCGGCAAGCGAAGGUCUACGGUUCUAGGGAUGCGACGCGUCUACGGUGAACACACUGGCGAGAAUGUUGGAUCAGUUGUUCUUGAAUUACUGAAAGAAUACAACAUCGACGGAGACUCUAUUGGAUACUUCAUGCUAGACAAUGCUUCGUCAAAUGACACCGCUGUUGAGACUAUACUUAAGGUGCUUUGUCCGUGGAUGGAUGCAAAACAACGUCGCCAUCGCCGACUUCGCUGCUUAGGCCAUAUAAUCAAUCUCUGUUGCCAAGCAUUCCUCCUGGGCAGGAACUGUGAGAAAUAUCUGGCAAAGCUUGAAAAACAUCACGUGCGCGGAGAUUUUGCAAAGGUAGAAGAACUGUGGAAGAAAUUUGGAUGUUUGGGCCGCCUUCACAACCUGGUGCGAUACAUCAGGCUGACACCACAGCGCCGCGAAGAGUUUGCUACAAUAGUGAUCGGCGGCGAUCUCUCUGCAUUCGAUGGGCUCGAGUUGAUUCAAAAUAACUCGACACGCUGGAAUUCAUGGUUUCAUUCAAUUACACCUGCAUUGAAUGUUCGAGAACGCUUGGAGCUCUUCACGUGCAUUGAACGUUCGAGAACGCUUGGAGCUCUUCUCCGCUCGCCAUGUACCCACAAAGGGCUCUCGAGGGAUUGCAAACUUUAA